AAGUUAGCUGUAGAUUAAACUGUCUUCGGCAAUAUCUAUGACUGUCACAUGUCGUUUCACUUAGCUGCAUGCGUUAGCUAUAAAAACAGCCCAAGUUCAAUUAACUGCCAGCACACUUCAAGUCUUCAGACAACUCGGUUCAAUCCAUAGCAACAGUUCAACAGCGUCAAGCAAUAACAGGUCAACAUGCAGACCUCAAGCACAAUGAAGGCACUCAUCUUUCUCUCAGCCAUCUUUGCCCUGACAGCCAGUGCUGCUAUCAAGUUCCCUCAGGAGUGGGUGGAUUGGAAAACGACGCACAACAAACUAUACGAAGAAGAGUUGGAGGAGCUUCAUAGACUCACUGUCUGGCAAGCCAACCAGAAAUUCGUCAACGCACACAACACCUAUGCCUACAAAUUCGGUUACACUCUGGACAUGAAUGAAUUCGGAGAUCUCACAGGAGCUGAAUUUGCACGAAUCUUCAAUGGCUACAAGAUGCAGGAGCCUUUCAACGACACAAAAUUUUAUGAGCCAGACACUAGUGUUAGCCUACCGGCUACGAUCGAUUGGAGACAGUAUGGAGUAGUUACUGAAGUCAAGAAUCAAGGACAGUGCGGCUCGUGCUGGUCGUUCAGUACUACUGGCUCUGUAGAAGGACAACAUGCUAGGAAGACAGGACAGUUGGUCUCCCUUAGUGAGCAGGACCUCAUCGAUUGUUCCAGUUCCUAUGGUAACAACGGUUGUCAGGGAGGAGUUAUGGAUUAUGCUUUUAGAUACAUGAUUGCCAACAACGGAGACGAUACUGAGCGUUCUUAUCCGUACGAAAUGCGAAAAGGAAACUGCAGAUUCAAUCAAAACAAUGUCGGUGCCACUAUUCGAAGCUAUCACGAUAUCCCAAGAGGGAGCGAGUCCUCCUUGAAAUCAGCAGUGGGAAGCGUUGGACCUGUGUCUGUAGCUAUCGAUGCCAGCCACUCAAGCUUCCAGUUCUACAAUGGAGGAGUGUACGUUGAGCCGGCUUGUUCUUCAACUAGAUUGGAUCACGGUGUAUUGGUUGUCGGGUACGGUACGGAGAACGGUCAAGACUAUUGGUUGGUUAAGAAUAGCUGGGGCACCAACUGGGGUGAGAAUGGUUACAUCAAGAUGGCCAGGAACCGUGGCAACCAGUGUGGAGUUGCGACCCAAGCAAGUUACCCCAUUGUUUGAGAAGAAUUAUAACUAUGAACACGAAAAUUAUUCAAUCGCAUAAUUAUUUAUUUACAGAUUCACAAUUUUUAUUUUUAUUUGUUGAUUGUUCAGUAAUUUAUACAAAUUUACCCAUGUAAUGAAA